AUGAUUUUGAACCAGAUCUCAUAUCUGGAUUGCGUAGCCUUCCUCAUCUUCCUCGCUCCUCAAUUGCUCAUCAGAGUGGGCCCAGUAGAAACCAUCUCUUGUGUCAUUACUGCAUUGCCCUUCUUCCGUAUGUGUGCUGGAAUCCAAGAAUUGACAGUCACUGAUAUACAUUCGCAGNUGGUGCAACUACCAUACCAAUUCAUCAAGGAACGAUUCUUUACACCAUACGAACAAAAGUCGGCUUUCAAUCAGCACGCCACUCCCUUUCAGGACUUUGUCAUUCGCUGCGUUCGCUAUGCUUUUGCUAAAAUCCCGGCCAAUAUCGGCAAAGUCUNNUUUUUCUCCAAGGGUGUUGCGCUGCCCUUUNUUUGGUUCCGCAUGUUGAGACAUGGCUAUCGUAAAUCUGCUAUCCCGUGGCGUGAGGUCAAGAAGCCUGGUCUUCAUGGUAUCUGGAUGAUUUGCGAUGAGACAAAGAAACCAGAUAUUGUGGUUUACUAUUGCCAUGGUGGUGGCUUCUCGAUGGGUAGCAGCUUCUUUUACCUCGAGUUCCUCCUCGCAUGGGUCAGCAUCCUCAAAGAAUCCGGUUACGAAAACCCAGCCCUCUUCGCCCUCGAGUACACCCUCGUCCCUGAAUCUACUUAUCCAACCCAAGUCCACGAAACCCUCCUCGGUUACGAAUACGUCCUUUCCAAAAUCUCGGACUCGUCAAGGAUAGUCGUGAGCGGCGACUCGGCAGGCGCAACACUAAUGCUCAGUUUACUCCUUUACAUGUCCAAGGAACCUAAACUACGCACUCAACUACCGAGCUUGGGCGUUAUGAUUUCUCCCUGGGCCGUCAUUGUAUCGCCAAAGAACAAGGAUACGGCUAGCGAUUAUCUCAAUGCUGAAUCCUUGCAUCUCUAUGGUAGCCAAUAUGUUGGCUCCAAAGCCUCUGCGUCUGAUCCUAUGGUUUCGCCUGGAAAGUGCAGAGACAGGGAGUGGUGGAGACGGGCUUCACCCAGCAAAGGCUGGUUGUUCAUCUACGGUGCUGAAGAGGUAUUCGCUCCUGAGACUGUCGAGUUGGUUGACUUUUUGAAAGAGGAAGUCAACACUGAAGUGAGCGUGCACGAGGAAAAAGGAUGGAUCCACGCAUGGCCAGUAGUGAAGCUCUUCUUAUCAGAUGGGCAGCAGGAAAGGCAAAGUGGGCUGAGGAGUAUGACCAAGACUGUACGAAAUAGACUGAGAUAG